AUGGCAAAAACGCCCAUUCAAUUAAAUCUGGUGCCUUUAGAACAAUUAAAAUUCUCACAAUGCUUUUUUGUCACAAGUGAAAAGCCGUUUUUUCCCACACAAUUUUUGACUGCUUCCUUUUUGGAAGUGAGACUUAAAUGUCCAAGACGUCUUCAAGAACAUGCUGGAGGAAAUGGAAAGAAGCAGAUUGAUUCGGGUGUGUGCAUGAGAAACGGAUUUUUGGCCGGCCGUUGA